UGGUGGCGGGACCGCGCUGAUGAGGCAGGCAGAGGACCGGCGGCGCGCGCUCCCCGAACAAAGAAGCACGCUUGGCAUCAGAGCAUCCCACCCUUUCACGUCCAGAACCUCUCCAGAACCGGUCCAAAACCUCUAACCCCGCUCUCCCACAUAACCGGUGCGAGGCAGAACCACCAUGACAAGCAACGGCGCCACCAACGGAACCAGCGACAUGCUGCAGAUCCAGUUCGGCCUCAUCAACUGCGGGAACAAAUACCUCACGGCCGAGAUGUUCGGCUUCAAAAUCAACGCGUCGGCCACCAGCAUGAAGAAAAAGCAGAUCUGGACGCUGGAGCAGAGCGGCGACGACUCCAGCGGCAACGUGUUCGUCCUCAAGUCACAUCUGGGCCGCUACAUCGCCACCGACAAGGACGGCAACGUGACCGGGGACAGCGAGACUCCGGGCCCGGAGUGCCGCUUCGUCAUCACGGCGCACGACGACGGCCGCUGGUCCCUGCAGUCCGAGCCCUUCGGGCGCUACCUGGGCGGCACCGAGGACCGGAUCAUUUGCUUCGCCCAGACGGCGUCCGUGGCGGAGAAAUGGAGCGUGCACAUCGCCAUGCACCCGCAGGUCAACAUCUUCAGCCUGACGCGCAAGCGCUACGCGCACCUGAGCUCCAAGGUGGACGAGAUCGCCAUCGACCGGGACGUGCCGUGGGGCGUGGACUCCAUGAUCACGCUGGUGUUCCGGGAGCAGCGCUACCACCUGCAGACGUCCGACAACCGCUUCCUGAGGAACGACGGCGCGCUGGUGGCCACCACGGACAAGAGCACCGGCUACACGCUGGAGUUCAGGUCCGGCAAGGUGGCGUUCAGGGACUGUGGCGGCAAGUACCUGGCGCCGUCCGGGCCCUCCGGCACCAUGAAGUCCGGCAAGAGCGCCCGCGUGGGGAAGGACGAGCUCUUCCAGCUGGAGCAGAGCCACCCGCAGGUGGUCCUCACUGCUGCCAACGAGAGGAACGUCUCCACCCGGCAAGGUAUGGACCUGUCUGCCAAUCAAGACGAGGAAGGUGACCAGGAAGUCUUCCAAGUGGAAAUCUGCCGCGAGAACAGGAAGUGUGCGUUCCGGACCGCCGCUGGGAAAUACUGGACCCUCACUGCCAAUGGAGGCCUGCAGUGCACCGCCUCAUCCAAGUCAGCUAAUUGCUACUUUGACAUCGAGUGGCGUGAGAAAAGGCUAACUCUGCGAGCCGCCAACGGGAAAUAUGUCGCCGCCAAGAAAAACGGCCAGCUGGCAGCCACCAUUGAUGCUGCCGGUGAAUCCGAGGAGUUCAUCAUGAAGCUGAUCAACCGGCCUAUCAUCGUGCUGCGCGGCGAGCACGGCUUCAUCGGCUGCAGGAAGGUUACGGGCACACUGGACUCCAACCGCUCCUCCUACGACUACUUCACGCUGGAGUUCAGAGAUGGCGCCUACAGCCUGCAAGACUCCACUGGUAAAUACUGGAUGGUAGGAAACGAGCAGGCGGUGGUAAGCAGCAGCGACACGCCCGUCGACUUCCUUUUCGAGUUUUGCGACUACAACAAGGUGGCCGUCCGCCACUGCGCCGACGGCAAGUAUCUCCGUGGGGACCACGCCGGCGUGCUCAAGGCCAACGCCGACGACCUGGAGACGGCCACGCUGUGGGAAUACUGAGGGGAAAGAAGGGGGAGGGGGGAGAGGAUGCACACAUGACAACAGCACCACCCCAUCUAUAGCGUCUGCCAAUCCACCCCCUCCCUGUCCUUAAACAGCCUCUUGUAUGACUUUAUAUGUUGAACUGCACAGAGAGAAGGAUGGAAGAGGAUGGUUCAUUCUCUGCCUUCCUCGUUACUUCCUUCCUAUCCCUCCCUUUUCCCAGCUGCUGACCUUUAUGUUUCCAUAGUUACCACGGGGCUGUGCACUAUAUCCCCACCUCGCUCACUUUGGUUCGCUGCUCGACCGCCCCCCUCCCCAAUUAUCGCUCACUCCCUCGUCGCCUUAGCACCAACUGGACUUAUUCUCUUUCUACUCGUGUCUAUUGUAUAUUGGUGUUCUGAUGGCGUUCUACUUGAUCCCUCUAAAAACAUAUUUCUGGGUCUGUUUUUUUCUUUUUUUGGUUCAAGCAGAAACCAAGCUUGAAGCUUCGAUGAAAACUAGGUAUGUGUUGAUGGUUUGAAGGCGACCAUAAGCCCUUCUCCUUAAACAUGAAAGUGUCAACUAGCUUCCUGUGUUGUCCUCUUGCUGUGUUCCUAUUGGUCAGUUGGAACCAGACAGGAUGUAUGAAGCCCCUCCACCUUGCCUAUUGUCCUCUUGAACAGUUGAAAAAAGAAACAAAAUGGGUGCUCUCACUAGCUUGGAGUCUUGUCAAAAGUCCAAGGCACAGACAUUAUUAUCAUAGCAAAGUCCAGUUGGAAAAGCUAAAAUUGAAGUUUUGUGAAAGCUGCUUUUUUGGAUGUAUGUAGACCAACCCUUGUGAUUAAACUGGAUUAAAGCACCGUGUCCUCUCACACAAAGCUGAUACAACUGGAACGUGGUGCUACAAAAUGUGUGUGCUGUUUGGACCAACUGAUGGUUUGGUUUCUCUACUGUCCUGCCAAACCCAGUGAAGCAUCUCAUUCUUCACAAAAGCACUUGAGUCCCUUGUCAUUAACCAAAUCUGCUGCUUUGUGACUUAGUUUCUGUUCAGCUUGUCGUAUCUGCCUUUUUAAAUGAGAUACGACUUUUUUUCCAGUUUUUGUUUGGAGCAGUAAAAGUGAGAAGUUGUCAACAGUCUUGACACAGUGAAGCCAUGACUUGUCAGCCUGAUACCCCUGUCAAACACCUUGUUUUGCUUUCAAUUAGUUGAAUAAGACAUGAUUGUAUCCAGCUCCUCACAAGUUUGUUUUGUUGAGAAUCUCAAAUGACUAAAAGGUUAUUUUUGGAGAUGCCGUCUUCCUGGUAACCAUAACCUAGGCUUACAGACGGAACGGAAAAGUGUGGUAAUGACUGUGCCUUACGCUUAAGUUUUGGGCAGUAAGAAAAUGUCUGAGUACAAAAAAAAAUAAAAAUCCACAUCUUUGCUUUGUAUAACUGGAACUUCCUUCUGUAUUAUUUUUUUUGUAUAAUUUGUUUGAUAUUGUGGAUUCAUCUCUCUCUUGUGCCAUUGGUUCACCUAAAAUCCAACCAAUAAAACUGGGAUUUGGAA